AAUUCAACACUUAAUUUCCAGGAGAUACUUUAUAUUAGCAUGCCGCAUCGAACGGAUCGACAAGAUGCAUUGUCGUUGUUGGCAGCUGUGUCGGGCAUAAAACUAACCUUGAUUCCUGGGGUGUGGUGCUGGCGGGCGCAUGCAAAUGCUUGGCGAUAUAUCAUCGACAACGACGUUCAAACUGCGCUUAUUGUCGAGGAUGACAUCGACUGGGAUGUAAAUAUUAAGGAAAUCAUGGGUUUGUGGGGUUGGCAGUUGCGCUUUAAUAAUACAAUCCGGUGGGGGGAGAACGUAGAGAAGGGGUGGGAGGAUGAAUGUCCUUAUAGCUGUGACUGGGACGAGCUCUGGAUGGGCCAGUGCGGUAACACCGUCAACAAAAAGCGACUAGAUCUGCACUGGACAUAUUCAGAUCCUAAUGGCCCAGAUAUUGGCUCUACCAUCGAAGGCUUCCAAAAAGAAUUCAGGGAUAUCUGGAACAUCACUGGUGGUGACGGCAUGCGUGUAACUUCCGCAACUUACGGUCCGCUCUGCACAAUGGGAUAUGCGGUGUCUCGCAUGGGCGCCAUGAGGAUGCUCUAUCAUAUCGGCGGAUGGCAUGGCAUGGGAUUCCCAGUCGACAAUGAAAUUGCUUUCAAGACGGAGGACGGAUAUAUCAGUGGAUACACAAUGACACCACCGGUUUUCACUCCGUGGAGAGUUGGCGGUUCGAGAGAUACCGAU